GUCCUCGUAGAAAAGGUUUUGUUCAUCUCUGGAAAGACCGAGGCCGAGUUUGCAUCACCACCAUCUUGGAAGUUCAAAUAGUAUUCAGCAAAGCUGAGCCGUCGUUGUUCUGAAAGCCAAGUUGGUUUUUAGUGGCGUUAGUGAUGGCGAAUGUCCUGUUAGGCAUGCCGGGACCAUGGGCUGAUGAUUUUCGUGAAUCAUCUGAUCAUUAUACAGCAAAAAUUGGUGGACUACCUGAUUGGCCCCUUACUGAGGAAUCUGUGCCACCGAAUCUGCUUCAAUGUAGUGCUUGUGGAAGUAGACUAUGUCUUGUUGCGCAGGUUUAUGCUCCAGUUUCAAGUGAAAACUUAAGAGUUGAAGAGCGUGUGCUUUUUGUUUUUGGUUGUCUGAUGGCAAACUGUGGGAGCACUCCUCUUAGCUGGCGAGCUCUUCGUCUUCAAAAAUUAGACGAUGUGGUGCAAUCAAAUACCACUUCUCAGGAAGUGGUGCCAGUGACUUCACCAUCUGUAUCAGUUUCAAACAAAAGCUGGUGGGAGGAUUUGGAUGAUGAAGAUGGAGAUAUCGAUUUGGAGGAGUUGGGUAAAGCACUUAAUAGUGCUGCGAGUUUUGCUUCUCAUACCAAGAAACCACAUGUGAAUGAACGUAGUAAGCCUGUUGCAAAACCAUUGCCUUCAACUCAGUUGGAAAAAGUGGCAGACGCUAAUACACCUGUGCUGCCUUGUUUUUAUUUAUACACUCAAGAAGAGGCAUCUUCAAAGGACAACCUUACUUCUAUGUGUUCGAACUACUCAUCGCUUUCCAUCAAAAAUAACUCAAAUGAUGAGGAUGACGCACAAAGUGAAACAUGGGCAGAGGAAGCUUAUGAAUAUGAUAAAGCUUUGACUGCAGACAGGACAUACCUUAAGUUUAAGAAACGAUUGGAUGUGAACCCAGAACAAUGUUUCAGAUAUUCAUAUGGUGGAAAUCCACUCCUAGCUACACAAGCCGAAGGCGACCCUGGGAGAUGUACAUUGUGUGGUGGAUCAAGGCAUUAUGAAAUGCAGCUAAUGCCUCCAUUAUUAUAUUUUCUACAAGGAGCUGCCGAUGAUUGCCAAAGACGGUCACUGGAGAACUGGAACUGGAUGACACUUAUGGUAUAUACUUGUUCCCAGAGCUGUUCUCAACAUUUUGAUCAAGGAAAUUCAAACACUGGGAAGUGGCUUGUGACAGAGGAAGCUAUUCUUGUACAACUAGAGAAAUCCUUUCCCGGGGUAGCCGAACAUAGCCAUUCAUCAUAAUCUGUAUUGCUUCUGGGCAAGAAGAAAAGAGUACAUUCCAUAUGCAGGUGAUUCAUCCCAGCCGCUGAAAUUGUAUACACAUGAGAGGGCAGUAGGGGCUCCACUUCACUACUGACGAUGGUUGCUGUGUAGCAUUGACACAGAACCAAAGUGGAAUCCAAGUUUUGUUCAUUGACUAUAAUAGUUGUGGUUGUGGUAAAGUAAAAAAGAAUUUUGAAUGUAUCAGUAAAGAGUUUCGAUUGUAUUCUCUUGAAAUUUUGAAUGUAUCCCUUUGAAAUGA